AUGUGCUGGCUUAGGGCUGAAGCACUUCCUGCAGCGCCUGAAUUCAGAGCUCAUGCUCUCCACGGCGAGCGUGAAGCUUGCAAGGACAUCAUAUUGUACACGACUAAAAACAAGUCAAUUAACAGCACGGACAACCACCAAAAAUGGGAUGAAUACAUGGCCAAAGAAGCUGAAACAAUGAUGGCAAAAUGGCCAUAUCGUGCUGUGUUUUUUUCGAUGCCGUUUAAAAAGGACGGACUAAGUAUGAGGGGAAAAGUGCUACAACUUCUGAUGAAGUACGGAUCGUUGCUUCCAGAAAGA